AUGGAUAAGCUGAGUGAUGACUCAACUCCCUCAAGUACUCAAGAAGACAAUGAAACAUCGGAGCCAUCACAGGAGAGCACCGACAGGGCUGGCGUCGGUAUUAGGUGCGAGAAUCGGUGCGAAUUACAGCCAUUAUAUAGUGCAGUUCUUGGUCCCAUUGAAGACUUGCUUGAUGGUGAUAAACUAAUUGUAGUUCCUGAUGGCGCUUUGUCUAAAUUUCCUUGGGCAGCCCUGAGUGAAACUUUAAGGAUCCGCACUGUUCCCUCACUGAGAAGUUUGAAAGUCAUCACAGAUUCUCCAAUUGAAUACCACAGUAAAAGUGGAGCUCUGCUAGUUGGAGAGCCAUGCUUGAAGAAAAUUACAGAUAAACGGGGGAACCCCAUUUAUGAUCCUCUGAAGUACGCAAGAAUGGAAGUGGAGAUGAUUGGAGAAAUUCUAAAGAGUCAAACCUUAACAGGUGAAGAUGCAACCAAAGAAGCGGUACUUCAGAGAAUCGCGUCAGUUGCUUUGGUUCACAUCGCAGCCCACGGAAGGAAGGAAACUGGAGAAAUUGGUUUGGCUCCAGACCCCCGAUGGAAAUCCAAGACUCCUACAGAUGAGGACUAUAUUUUGAAAGUGUCUGAUAUACAAGCUGUGAAGCUGAGAGCAAGGCUAGUUGUGCUAAGUUGCUGCCAUAGUGGUCAAGGACCGGUCUCCUCUGAGGGUGUGGUCGGUAUGGCACGUGCUUUCUUGUUUGCUGGUGAUCGUUCCCUGCUGGCAUCACUCUGGGCAAUUGAUGACGAAGCCACCAUGAUAUUUAUGAAAUCUUUCUAUCAACAACUUGCAAGUGGAGAAAGUGCAAGUGUUGCUCUUCAGAGGGCCAUGAAAUGUCUUCGAGACUCCCAGGAUUAUUCUGCUCCGAAGUACUGGGCUCCUUUUGUUCUGAUGGGCGAUGACGUUAAGAUUGUAUUGGAA